AACUUAUUAAAUAGAUACUUUGUAUUGUUGUGGUAGUAUUGAAUGAAGUGAUUAGUUGUUAGAUUGAGUGCUGUGUUAUGGGCCCUGUGUCAGUAUGCUUCAAAUGCGUCUCUUACCUCUGGCAUCUCGUCUCCUAUUUUCUCAAGAGAACCUCCAAAAAAGCCAUCCAGUAUCAACCAGUGUGCUAUGUCAAUGCCCCUCUCUCCACAAUAUCCCGUCACAGACUCAAUGUUGUCAGUCGGAAGUUUCUGGUGCUUGAUCUGGACGAAACUCUGAUCCACUCUCAUCACGAUGGAUUGCCUGCUCCCCCGGUACACGCAGGCUCAGCUGGAGGCGCAGUGUCCGCCAAUCUAGCAGCGAGGGCGGACACUCAACCCCCAGACUUCGUGCUUCGAGUAAUGAUAGACCAGCAGCCUGUUAGAUUCUCAGUUCACAAAAGACCCCACGUCGAUUAUUUUCUCUCAGUUGUUUCAAAGUGGUACAAAUUGGUGGUGUUUACUGCCAGCAUGGAAGUGUACGGCAGUUCAGUUGCAGAUGAGUUGGACGGACAAAAAGGUAUGUUGAAGAGACGUUUCUUCCGCCAGCACUGCACACUGGACGUUAGCUACUCUUACUCCAAGGACCUGCGCAUAGUACAUUCUGACAUGAGCAGUGUAAUCCUACUGGACAACUCGCCAUCCGCAUACCGCAACUAUAAAUCCAAUGCAAUUCCCAUUAAAUCCUGGUUCGGCGACUCCUCGGACACGUGUCUGUUGAAUCUGCUGCCCUUCCUAGACGCACUUCGAUUUGUUCACGAUGUCAGAUGCAUCCUCGGAAGAAACACGGUCCAAUAUUAGAGCCACUCAGUCACUAAUUUGCCGCCACAUCACUCGUUAUUAUACUACAAGUCACUGUAGAAAAGAAAGAAGAGGCGAAAUAGUAAGAAUGAUUGUGGUGAAAAGAAACGUAACUUGAAAAUAAACUGAGUAUUUCACAGCAAAACUCAAAACUUCUUUUCGUUUUUGUCUCGUAUCUAGCUCCCUGAGAAACCAAAAUUGUCGGUUAAAUGUGGAUUGUUGCUGGAAUCAAUUGAUGAUAGAAUCUCCGGAAGUCAUUUUAGAAAAAAUGAAGGUUUAAGGGGCUAGAGGAGAAUUGUUUUCUAACUUAGUCCCGUAGAUUCUGCUAUAAUCAUGUGUGAAUUAAUAUUCAAAUGCAUAAAUAUUAAUUGACAAUGUUAAUAUAUAACAUCCACUAUUGAUAGUAGUAAUAGUUCAACUAGCGUUCAAGCGCUAACUGCCUUUUGCAGCCGCCAUUGGAAAUGCAAUUUUUUGGAACUGUC